CCGCUCCGCUCCGCUCCGCUCCGCUCCGCAGCCAUGUCCGAGAUCCUGCCCUACAGCGAGGAGAAGGUCCGCUACGGCGCGGACGCCGAGGUCAGCGAGAUCUCCUUCAGCUGCCGCCUGCAGGACACCAACUCCUUCUUCGCCGGCAACCAGGCCAAGCGGCCCCCCAAGCUGGGCCAGAUCGGCCGGGCCAAGCGAGUGGUGAUCGAGGACGAUAGAAUAGACGAGGUGCUGAAGGGCAUGACGGACAAGUCGCCGGCGGGGGUAUAAGCCGGCGGGCGGGCGCCUGCACCCAGCGGCAGACUCUGAUCCGGGUUUAAGCACUUUGGGCUGUGCAUGUCUGGUGGACUGUGGAGCGAGGGAAGCGAAGGCGAGGCGACGAGGCUGCUGGCAACACCACUUCCACCCCCCCCCCGCCCCCGGCCGAGGCGGCGGCCGCUGGGGCCAUCUCACCCUCCUCCGCACCCGACCGAGAGCAAAGGGACCUUGGCACCCGCCUGUGCCCGCCGCUCCUGCCCGCGGCCGGGGAGCUGUCCGUGCCGGCGGUGCCCUCGGCUGGGGGCUGUCCUCUUCAGCACCAGCCCAGCCUUGGCAGGGAGCUCCCCGCUCCCCACCACCCCUCCUGCCCCGGCUCCCCCCCACCCCAGCCCCGCUCCCUUGCCUAGGCUGACUCCAUGCCACGCUGCCAAGGUGCUGUCUCCCUGGGAGCUCGGAGCCCCGGGGCCCCCGGCGCGCUGUUGAAGAGGUCUCCUCUAGCGAUGAUGCACUUUACACCCCUCUCUCUGUCUCUCCGGGUGGCUGUGGGACACCUGCACACACACACAUCCCUCUCAACGCUCCGGUGAGUGCCAUCACCCCCCUCCCCCCAGCCCUCCAUCCAUCUCAGCCCCCCUCCACCCCAUCCCCCGACCCCAUCCAGUUUGCAAGAUACCAGCAGAUGGGAAGCAAAUGUGAAGCCAGCAGGGCGGAAAGGAAGGCAGAGGGACUCUUCUAUAUAAGACAGUGAUUGUCUUUUUGCUGUCGAGAGACAUUUUUGCUCCAUCUUUUUUGCAUGAGCUUCCUGGUCUGGUGCCACGUCUCGGUGCCACUAGUCAUCUCACUACGGCUCACUUCUUUUUAAACAGAACUCCUCAUAUUUGUAUUUUUAUAUCCGAAUCUUUGUUAACAAUGAUCUGCUCCGUGUCCAAAUACUGCAUCAAAGAUGGUUCCUAUUUUUUUUUUCCAUGAGAGGAAGGAAAGAGAUGCGCUCCCAAAGGUGUCUAGAGCGGAGAUCCACCGGGGCCGUCAGAAAACGGCCCAUUUCUCUCCAAUGCCAGAGCGGGAUCGGACGGGACUUCUUGAAUGUGUUUAGGGUUUUGCACACAAAUUAAAUGUAUUUAAGAUUCCUAUACUGUGACCCAGGGCUUGGCCCUCGCAGGAACCCAGCUACAAAAGGGUUGAGCUGACGGGCUUGGGCACUGCUGCCCCUUUUUGGGGAGAGGGGGUUCAGAGUCGGUGUUUUUAAUUUUGGACCUUCAUUUCCUUUUGCUUUUUUUUUUUUUUUUCCAAGAGCUUCUCCGGGUCCGACGUGCAUGAGAACCUGUCCUCUUUUCAACAUUAUACGGUGUCAUUUUAUGAAGAUGAAGCAAAAAAAAAAAAAAA